GCCCAUAGUCAGUCUUGUGUGAUUUGUUCUUGAGAAAAGUCAUGUUUCUUCUGGCGAUACCGAUCGUAGGAGCACUGAUAUAUACCAAAUUCUAUAAAGAUGUGGUAUUUAUUAGUUAUGGCUUUGCCAAUUUCCAUGAAUUUGUAAAUUUUUCAACCGAACUGCAGGAGAAGAUUCCGGAGUAUCGUGUUUAUAGCGGUUUAUUUAAACCUUCAACCGCCUUAUAUAUAUCCCUGAUCCUACUACUCAUUGGAUAUAUACAAUUCAGUUUUAACGGAUUGAUCAAAACUAUUUGGAAAAUGUGCACUGAUAAAAAAAACGGACGUAAUCUACUUUUAACAUUUGCCUUACUUAUUCUUUUUAUACUUUGGUGCCUGAUAGAGAUUGAUAUCUUUGAAGUAACCUUUGAGGGGUAUACUAUUUAUUCCAAACAGUAUUACCAAGAAGUUCCCAAUAUAGACGAUCUGGUAGAUAUAAUUAAAGAAAAGAGUUCGGAAAUUCGAUUACCAGCGCUUAUUUUUGCUUUUGCUCCAUUUAUUAUUGCAUAUCGUUUAUUGCCGAAAAGCUACAAACGUAAAAUGAAAUAAAUAUGAAAAUAAAAACUAUUUUUAUAAAAUA